UUAUCAGUAGUACAACGUCCGUCGUGGAACGCAGUUCACCCGAUCCGACCAUUAGAGCAACAGCGACAUGGAUUUGGCUGGCAAGAAUGUGGUUUACCUUGGAGGAUUCGGCGGCAUUGGCCAGAAGUGUGUGCAAGAGCUGCUCCGGCGGCAGCUGAAGGCACUGGCCGUCUUUGACAUGACGGAGAAUGCUGAGGCGUUGGCCGAGUGGCGGGCAGGCAGUCCGGGCACGGAGAUCUUCUACCAAAAAGUGGACAUCACCCGGAAGGAGGACAUCGAGGCGGCCUACAAGGCAACCGCUGAGCGACUGGGACACUUUGAUGUGGUCGUCAAUGGCUGUGGACUGAUGAACGAUCGCCUGGUGGAGCUCACCAUUCAGAUUAACUUGCUGGGCGUCAUCCAGAGCACUUUGGCUGCCCUGGAGUACAUGGACAAGUCAAAGGGUGGCAGGGGUGGACUCAUAGUAAACAUUUCCUCGGUGGCUGGACUCCAGCCCACGGCUCUGAUGGCCAUCUAUUCGGCAGCCAAGACUGGCGUUACAACCUUCACACGCUCCAUGGCUAAUCCCAUUUACUACGCCCACUCGGGUGUGAGCUUUGUGACCAUUUGUCCGGGAUUCACUGAGACGCCACUGCUGGACGACAUCUCCAGCAAGACGACCUUCACCUACCACACACCCAUGUUGGACAUGUUCCAGAGGGUGAAGCGCCAGAAGCCAGAGGACUGUGCCAGGAAUCUCGUGCAGGCCAUGGAGCAGGCCCAGAAUGGGGCAGUUCUCAUGCUGGAGCUGGGCGACACCCAGGAGAUUCAGAUACCCGACUUCUGGAAGCCCCAGCUCGAGUAGAAAACACUUUUGCAAUCUUAUCUAACGAUUAUUAUUAUACUCGUUGUGUACCCAAAUAUAAACUCAUGUUAUAAUCUCU